UUCUGCACCACACUUCCUCAGUGUCCACCCCAGGCUUCCGGACUGGAAGGAAGGGGGCGGGGAAUAAAAGUUGCCGGUGAGGCCCGGAAGUCACCACCUGCAGAGCUCCAGCCCGACUUUCCCUGAGCGCUGGGGUCCUGCUGGAACCUCCGCGACAGGAUGAGCUCCGCAGCCGGGUCCCGCGCCUCCCGCCCGGGGCUGCUGCUCCUGGGGUUGCUGCUCCUGCCAGCUGUGGUCGCCUUCGCCAGCGCUGAUGCUGAAGAAGGAGAUGGGGACCUGCAGUGCCUGUGUGUGAAGACCACCUCCCAGGUCCGUCCCAGGCACAUCACCAGCCUGGAGGUGAUCAAGGCCGGACCCCACUGCCCCACUGCCCAACUGGUAGCCACGCUGAAGAAUGGGAGGAAAAUUUGCUUGGACCUGCAAGCCCCACUGUACAAGAAAAUAGUUAAGAAACAAUUGGAGCGUUAGCUACUAGCUGCCUAAGUGUGCACUUUCAAUCUAACUGUGAAAGAAUCUUCUGAUGUUUGUAUUAUCCUUCUUAUAUUAAAUUAACAAAGUAUGUCAGGUUGUGGUAUAGUCAA